ACCGCCUCCCUGCUCUUUCUGGAUGGAAGCGUCUCUGAAAGGAGCUGGCUGAACGCUUUGGCCUUCACCAUCCAGCCCCUGCUGACCACGCCCUCCCUAGUGCAGAGGCUGCUGUGGGGAACGGGAAAUGCCGUACCAGCCGGCUCCCCGGGCUCUGGGUCUGACCACCAGGAUGGAGCUGGGGCCAACGACCAGGACCUUCGUGCUGGAGCUUCAGUGUCUUCAGGAUGGAGGCUCAGGGCCUGACACCCUCUCAGGUGGCAGUGGUGGGAGUGAGAGUCAGGAGGAAGAAGAGGCUCAGGAAGAGAGCAGCAGCCCCCAACGGCCAGCAAACUCAGCCUCGAUGGGGGCCACUGAAAUCACCGAGGAAGCCCAGCCAGGACAGCAGGACUUGCAACUGCAACAGACAGAACAACAGCAAGAGCUGCAGCAGCCACAGCCCCCAGACCACCCAAUAGGACAGCAGACAGAGCUACAGCAGAAAGACGGGCAAGAACAACUGCUUCAACAGCAGCAGGAGCUGCAGGAAAAACCCCAACCCAUGCAACACCAGCAGCUGGAACCACAGGUGCAGCCGAGGCAACAGCAAGGACAGUUACAAAGGCAGCAAGUACAAGAGCAACAGGUGUUGCAGCAGCAGCAGGACCAGCUACAGCAGCAAGAUGGGCAGCAGCAACUGCCUCAACAACAGCAGGAACAGCAGGAAGAACCCCAACCCGUGCAAUGUGAGCACCUAAAGCCACAUUUGCAGCCAGUGCAACAGCAGGGACAGUUACAAGCCCAGGAAGUGCAAGAGCAGGAACAGUUACAACCACAGCAGCUGCUACAACAGCUGCAACAGGAUUUGCAGCAGCAGAAACUGUUACAACAGCUGGAACAGUUACAGCAGCAGCAGGAACAGUUACAGCAACAGCAGUCACAGCAGCAGCAGGAACAGUUGCAGCAGCAGGAACAGUUGCAGCAGCAGCAGCAGCAGCUGCAAGCCCGUCCACUGGAGCCAGAGGAGGAGGAGGAGGUGGAGCUGGAGCUUAUGCCAGUGGACCUGGGAUCAGACCAGGAGCUGGAGCAGCAGAGGCGGGAGCUGGAGCGACAGCAGGAACAGCGGCAGCUGCAGCUCAAACUGCAGGAGCAGCUACAGCAGUUGGAGCAGCAGCUGGAGCAGCAGCAGCAGCUGGAGCAGCAGCAGCUGGAGGAGCAGCAGGAGGUGCAGCUGGAGCUGACCUCAGUGCAGCUGGGGGCCCAGCCACAGGAGGUGCAGCUGGAGCUGACCCCAGCGCAGCCUGAGCUGCAACUGGAGCUGAUGCCCGCUGCUGGGGAUGGCGGGGCUCCCGCCGCAGUCGUGAUGGCCCCCCCGGGCUACGUGGUGCUGCAGGAGCUCAUGGUGCUGCCAGCCAUGGCGACGCCCGCGGUGAUGGCCAUCCCCGGCCCGGCGGGCAGCGCGGCCCUGACCCCCGCCCGGCAGCGGCGGCGGCGGCGCGCCAGGGACCGGCCGACCAUCUGCGGGGAGUGCGGCAAGGGCUUCAGCCGCAGCACUGACCUGGUGCGGCACCAGGCCACGCACACAGGCGAGCGGCCCCAUCGCUGCGGUGAGUGCGGCAAGGGCUUCUCGCAGCACUCCAACCUGGUGACGCACCAGCGCAUCCACACGGGCGAGAAGCCCUACGCCUGCUCCUACUGCGCCAAGCGCUUCAGUGAGAGCUCGGCGCUUGUGCAGCACCAGCGCACGCACACCGGCGAGCGUCCCUACGCCUGCGGCGACUGUGGCAAGUGCUUCAGCGUCUCGUCCAACCUGCUGCGCCACCGGCGCACUCACUCGGGAGAGCGGCCCUACGUGUGUGAAGACUGCGGCGAGCGCUUCCGCCACAAGGUGCAGAUCCGCCGCCACGAGCGCCAGCUGCAUGGCGCCGGCCGCUCACGGGGCCUGGGCCUGCUCCGCGGGGCGCGCGUGGCCGCCGUGGGACAUGCCGACGGGGCGGCGGACAAGGCGCCGUGACAUGUGGCCCAGGCUGGGAGGCGUGGCUGCCCAGACUGGGAAGCCCUGUGUCCCUCUCCUUGGGAACGUUACGACCCCGGCCCGUGGGCCCCGCACGUCCUGGUACACCGCUGGGAAAAGGUUUCCAUCUUCCUCCCAGAUGAGCUGGUUCACAAAUUCACCUUCGGAAGCGUCCUACAAGGAAAGGCCCACAUGGCCGAAAGAGUACAGGUGCCAUCCCUCAGCAGACCCCAAGCAGUACUGAGUUGUUACUGGGUACUGGUUGGUGAAAAGUCUGCCAGAAUUUUUCUCGGGAAAAUUGGAGUUCCUAGAAAUGAGAGCCGCAGAAGAAAACUUUCAGUCACAGAUGUGACAGUUGGUGAUAUUUGAUACAGAUCGAGCACUAACCAGGGAACCAAAUAUAUGUGGUAAAAAGCACAUGAAAAGUAUUUGAUCCUGGUAAAAAUUAUUUCAAGAAAGGAAAAUGGGAGGAAAAAGAAAGGACACUUAUCUGCACUAUGUAGAAAACUGAUCAAGGCAUCAAAUUGUCAAAAGUGGCAUUUGCCUCGAAAAUACUUUCUAGAAUGACAAUUCAUCAGGGUUGAUAUAAUCCUGCUUAAAAUCUUUGUGUUCAUAAUAAGCACAGGGUCAGAGUGUCCACUGGGUCAAUGUGCAAAUGCGGGAAGUCCUGCUUGGAGUGGAAGGAAAAACCUCCCCUCUGGGGUAACCCAAGGUUUCUGCAAGCUGGGGGGGUGCUCUCUGCUGCCAUGCUCCCAGGCCUACAGUGGCCAUCAGUGUCCUCUUGAGUAGAAGCCUGUGGCUGAAGCAGAGGGCUUUCUGGGAGUUCUCUCCAAGGUCCCAAGGAGUGGUCCCCCUCUCCCUAAGAGCUCCAGGGCAACCCCACCCUGGCCUCCAGAGAUCCACCAGCUCUAGGCUUCUCAGACACUUGUCCCCGGGAUGAGUCUAUGGGAUUGGGACCCGGAGACCCAGGGGCAGGGUUCCCCUGAGCUGUGCUAUGCAGGGGCUGGCCCCAGCAGACCCUGCCUCAUCACUGGGGGCAGAUGAAGAAUAUUGGGGACAAGGGUUGGAGGCAAUAGAAAUGCUCUGUAUGAUGUUUACAAAAUUGUCUGGGAGCACAGCACAUCCCUGAUGGCUGUGGGAAGGCAGGAUGGUGGUAAGGUGCCUGCCACCUCUGCCCCCAGUGCUUCCUGCUCCUGACUGCCCGUGUGUAGCUGCUUAGAUCCUGCCCCUCUUUUCCUCCUUGCUUCUCCUUUACUAACACAGUCUGCUACAUUUUACAAAUGUGUUGGUAAGUGAGAAACAAAAAAUGAAAAAUAAAUUUAAAUGAAGAAAGA